GCGCGUGCUUAGCCAGCGCGGGGAGACGCCGGAGUCGGUGAACGGCGCAGUUGAGUUUUAUUAAUUCUUCAGUUUUUAAGAACGGAAAAUUGGAGCAAAAUGUCUGAAGACAAGCCAAAGGAAGGAGUGAAGACUGAAAAUGAUCACAUUAACUUGAAGGUAGCAGGUCAAGACGGCUCUGUGGUCCAGUUUAAAAUUAAAAGGCACACCCCAUUAAGCAAACUUAUGAAGGCAUACUGUGAAAGACAGGGAUUGUCAAUUAGACAAAUCAGAUUCAGGUUUGAUGGACAGCCCAUCAAUGAGACAGACACACCCGCACAGCUUGAAAUGGAAGAUGAAGACACUAUUGAUGUAUUCCAGCAGCAGACGGGAGGAGCCGUCUGUUGAACUCCUCCAGAGCAGAAUACAGGAGUCUGCGACCGCUUCAUGCCAAUUCCACAGCAGUUCAGGGGCAGAACUGAUACUGUAUCUGGAAAACUGGUCUAUUUAAGUAAUGUCUCUCUCUAUCGCCAUUUGUUUUUCUUCCUUUUUUUUUUUUUUUUCUUUCUUUUUUUUUUCUUCUUUUUUUUUUAAGGCUUUUGGUUUUACCAGUUUUUCUGAAUUGAAGAUGUCAGUGUUGUGGUUAUUUUGUCCUUUUAGUGUCUUAAUGCCUCUUCUGUACUUAGUUUUUUAUUAUGCAUUUUCUUUUCUGCACAAGUUGUGGUGUAAACAGAGUAGUUUAUGUAAGACGACAUUCAGCCUGUUUCAGAGGGCGUCGUUAUUCCAUAUUUCCUUAGUGGAAGUCACUGCACCUCUGUUCCCCUGUUCUGUGGACUCUGGAGUCUUUGGGAACAGGGUGCCACUUGUCCUGAUCUUUUGCAGGUCAAAGAAAUUAGGUUGUAGAUCUGGAUUUGUAUGUGUUAUUUGUAAUUUUGUCAUGUUAUUGUGCAAGUAAUUUUGAAAUAGUGUUUAAAAGCCUCUGGCUCAGAAUUAGAGAUUAAAUGUUUCCCAGUUUUCUUGGCAGAUAUGCAUGUCCUCUCCAGGGGCACUCGCCAUUUUAAUCUUUCACUUUUUAACUCUAUUUCUUGUUUUUCGUAAUGAGAUUCAAGGAUAUAAACAUUGUCCUUUUUAAAGAUGUAACAUUUGCAUUAUUACUCAGUGUUUCUGCUUCUUUUAAAGUGACUCAAUUUGAAUGAUCUGUAAAGUGCAUGAUAUCAUGGAGACUGGUAGACAAGUACGCCCACGUCUCACACUGAUUUGUAUAUUAUGGGUUGUCCUUUCAUACUGUAUACAAUAAAUAUAGUUUGGUACUCUA